CUUGCCCAAACCGAGGCUUGGUUCAGUGCUCUGAUUUCACCCAACGAAUCUUCCCCCUUUUCUCACCCACUUAGCUACCAGGGCUCAUUCCAUCUCUGACUUACAUUUGGACCAUCACACCUCUUCAAUAUCAACCCAGCGUGGCUUGAUAUAACGUCCACCCCACUGGCAAAGAACUUGCCUGUUAUUGUCGUCGACACCCUCGAGUCUCAUCUGUCAAUUUCAUGCCUGAAUAUUAGUAUUCAACAUUCACCCAAGAUGAUGCCAUCACUCGUCGGUGCCAACAUGCUUGGCAUGCCUCACCAGCAAACUGCCGGCGGGACAUACACGGUCGACGCAUUCCUCAACCAACUCUCGAGACAACUCAUCGGGAACACGAGGAGGUAUUCCAGGGGAGCAAACGGGCAGCAAAGAGGGGGGAACGGCAUGAGGAUAUCCAAGCCAGGCAGCGCCAGCAACAGCCCGAGAUCGUCAACAAUGCAGGCACGCCGGAGAACGCUGAUCGGGGAUGGCUUUCGGGGCGGGCUCCAGACGAUGUCUCCGGCGAUGGAGCAGAUACCUCUUCCUACGCCAGCUGCAGAAACCCCGAACGAGCAUUUCUACGAGCGGCAGACCACGAGGCCGGCGCGCCCGGUCAGCUGGCACCCGUCCUCGCAGAAUGCACAGCAGCCUCUCUACGCCCUACCAGACGCAGCUGCCUAUCCCUAUGCGGCGUACAACGAUGCCGAGAUCCUGGCGAGCCUGCAACAGUUUCCCCCGACGCCUGCGAUCUACUCCGGGUACGCGUCACCGGCAGAGCCCUUCUCGCCGCUUUCACUGCCCUACUCGAGCUUCAGCUCUUCGCAACAGCCCGUCUACUCGCCCGUGAGCCAACCUCUGCAGAUGCCGCACCAGCAGCAGGCUCCUCCGUUCUCCCCGGUGACCUGCUCCUCCGACCAUCCCGCGGCGGCCGCGUUGUCCGACAUUCCGUACCUUCCCCUUCCUCAGGCGGCGGCUGAGGUGCCCGCAUGGGAACAGGCCCAGCCUGCUGUCGCUGCCACGUUCAGCCAGCAGACGGCACCUCCAACACCCGAGGAUUUUGCCUGCAGCCUUGGCCCAAGUCUGGCCAUGGAGACGGCGGCCGGGCAGCAGCAACCGACGAAGCCGGACGCUGCUGCUGAGCAGACAUGCCAGCCGGUCAUUUACGAAGAAGACGAUGACGACGAGCCCGAGGGCGAGAUUCUGUACGGCAUGGGCCUGUACGAUGCGCCAGACCACGGCAAGGAGCUUACACUGCACCAGUCGGUGGUCCUCUCCCUGCUCGGCAGUACCAGGGAUCAGGAAGAAGACGGGGACACGGGCAAGGGCCUGGGUCUCAAGCUAGAGGAUCCGUGGGAGCCACCUGCCAGUGAUGAUGAGGAUGAGGGCGAGGGUGAGGGCGAGGGUGAGGGCGAGGGUGAGGGUGAGGGUGAGGGUGAGAAUGAAAACGGAGAGAACGACGACGGCCAGAACGAGGAGGACUGAGCUGCACACACUGGCUAUGUGAUGGGCUGGACUCCUUCCUCCUUUUUUUCCCUUUCCCUACCCGCCAGCUCUCGUGUUUUUUUCUUUUUCUUUUCAUGUGUGUGUGUGUGAAUCAGUCGAUGCAUGGCACCGAGGUGUUACAGGGUUUUUUUUCUUCUUCUUCUUGAUCUCUUAUUUUAUUAUUCUCGUUAUUUUCAUCAUCAUUUUUCCCCCUGGAGGGGCCGGGGGGGCGAGAAGGCGGCGAGCAGGAAGGACUUGCAGAUACAUGACGCGCGGGAUACGGCAUGGUGAGCGACAAGAGCACACGGCAUAGGCACGGAUACGGACGGUUCAUUAUUAACUGGGUAAACGGGAUGGUUGGGUGGGGGAUGGUUUGGUUGGCGUUUUCUCGGACAAGGCUACGGAGAUAGAGAGGGAGAGUCGAGGCAUGUGGGUUUCACAACCCAGCAAGGGCCCAUUGAACCGAAAAAAAAUGAGGAUAUCCGUCCUGUAAUUUUAGGUGAAUGCUACGGGUCUAGACGCGUAAGUACUGUAUGUACUGUAUGUACUGUACAUACUUACCUACACUACCUGUAAGCCACAUACCCAUUUCGUGACUGCCAG